UAUGCUUCACUAACAUGAUUAUAAUAUUUCAGGUGCUUGACACCUUCAAAUACCGUAAUCGUGUCUCCUAUAUACUAUGUCAUGUUUACAACACUUGCAAUAAUCGCCACUGUAAUAAUGUUCAAGGAUUGGGAUGGCCAAAGUUUUUCAACUAUUAUGUCAGAAAUAUGUAGCUUUAUUGUUGUACUCUCUGGCACAAUAAUGUUACAUCUGACCAAGGACUUCGAGAGAAGCCAUUCUUUUAGAGGUGGUGGCUUGCCUUCUUCGCCUACAUUAUCUGUCCGGUUUUAUACCGGAAAUGAGGACUCGCUACUUAAGGAAGAUGAAGAGAACAAAUCUCCUGAGGAUAUGUGCUCAAGAAGACAAGAUUUAUGUUAGAUGGUUUUAUAUGACAUAGUAAAGGUCUUAAUUAGGAGAAGUUGAAUCUUUCUCUGGGAAACUGAAUAAGAAUCUCAUCGUAUACCAAUACAAUGCAGCUGCAGGUAGUAAUGUAACCAUAGAAUGAUGGGAGGUUUCCGAAGCUAUUCUUUCAUGGAUUUAAUUGAUAUGCACUAACAGUGUAAAUAUUUUUCACUCUGUCAAUCAAUCAUAACCAUUGGAUCAAUAAAAAUAUUUGACUUCCAAUCAUAUAUACCUUAAAAGUUAUACAAUUGAUGGUUUGUGAUUGGUUAAUAGUGUAAAAAGUUUACAUUGACAGUGUAUCAAAAUCAAUCUCUUUCUUUUAUUAUCAGCAUAUCGGGAAUCUCAUCGACCUAAAUUUUUAGUCUGUGCUUUGCAAGGUGCAUAGUGUACAGUGUGUCCUCAGUUGCUUGUGUUAGAUAAGGUCAUUGGAUUGAUAUUAUUUCUAUCUGCAUAUAUACGUUUUUCUUAGAUUGAGAUUAGUUCUCUUUUUGAGGCUAUUUUUACUUGAAUGAAGAAAGGGAGGAUAAGAUUAAUUUGUUAGAACCGUAUACAUAUGAUGAUUUUGUUUGGCUUUUAUAAUAUUUAUGGUUUU